CGCUCUCUGCACAGGAUUUGAUACAUUGCUAUGAGUUUCAGUCUUGCAGCAGCAGGAGAUUCUCUUUUCCUGAAUUUUUCCUACAGACUACAUCUCCCGUGAGGCGUAGCGGCAGGGGCCGGAAGUGACGUGGGCGGCGCUGAGGGGGCGGAUCCAUCCGGGGCCUUGGCGCUCUCCUUCCUUUCGCGCCGGGCGCUGUGUGCGGCUCCAUGUGCGCAUCUCGUCUGUAGCCCCGGACACCGCCACAACAUGGACCCCAGCAUCCUGAUCGAGGCCCUGAGGGGCACCAUGGACCCGGCCCUGCGGGAGGCGGCCGAGAGACAGCUCAACGAGGCGCACAAGUCUGUGAACUUCGUGUCAACCCUCCUGCAGAUCACAAUGUCCGAGCAACUGGAUCUACCAGUACGACAAGCGGGUGUGAUCUAUCUGAAGAACAUGAUCACUCAGUAUUGGCCGGACCGUGAGGUGACCCCCGGUGAAGUGCCCACUCACACUAUCCCCGAGGAGGACCGGCACUGCAUCCGGGAGAACAUCGUGGAGGCCAUUAUCCAGUCCCCGGAGCUGAUCAGGGUCCAGCUCACCACCUGCAUCCACCACAUCAUCAAACACGACUACCCGAACCGCUGGACCGCCGUGGUGGAGAAGAUCGGCUUCUACCUGCAGUCAGACAACAGCGCCUGCUGGCUGGGGAUCCUGCUCUGCCUCUACCAGCUGGUGAAGAACUACGAAUAUAAGAAACCAGAAGAGAGGGCGCCGCUCAUCGCCGCUAUGCAACACUUCCUGCCCAUGCUGAAGGAGCGCUUCAUCCGUCUGCUUCCUGACCCCUCCGAGCAGUCUGUCCUGAUCCAGAAACAGAUCUUUAAGAUUUUCUAUGCCCUGGUCCAGUACACGUUACCCUUGGAACUGAUCAAUCAGCCCAGUCUGGCGGAAUGGAUAGAGAUCCUGAAGACCGUGGUGGAUCGGGAUGUUGUUGCAGAGACCCUGCAGGUUGAUGAGGAUGACCGGCCUGAGCUGCCAUGGUGGAAGUGUAAGAAGUGGGCGCUGCACAUCCUGGCCCGGCUGUUCGAGAGGUACGGGAGUCCGGGGAACGUGUCUAAGGAGUACAAUGAGUUCGCUGAAGUCUUCUUGAAGGCGUUUGCUGUUGGCGUUCAGCAGGUUCUGCUGAAGGUUCUCUACCAGUAUAAGGAGAAGCAGUAUAUGGCCCCGCGAGUCCUGCAGCAAACACUCAACUAUCUCAACCAGGGGGUGUCCCAUGCUGUGACGUGGAAGAACCUGAAGCCCCACAUCCAGGGCAUCAUCCAGGACGUCAUCUUCCCUCUGAUGUGUUACACGGACUCAGAUGAGGAGCUGUGGCAGGAAGACCCCUACGAGUACAUCCGCAUGAAGUUCGACGUGUUUGAAGACUUCAUCUCCCCCACGACAGCGGCGCAGACUCUGCUCUUCACGUCCUGCAGUAAGAGGAAAGAGGUUUUGCAGAAGACGAUGGGAUUUUGUUAUCAGAUUCUAACUGAGCCGACGGCGGACCCCCGGAAGAAGGACGGGGCCCUCCACAUGAUCGGCUCCCUGGCCGAAAUCCUGCUGAAGAAAAAGAUCUAUAAGGACCAGAUGGAGUUCAUGCUACAGAAUCACGUGUUUCCGCUGUUCAGCAGCGAGCUGGGCUACAUGAGGGCGCGGGCCUGCUGGGUCCUUCACUAUUUCUGCGAAGUAAAGUUUAAGAUCGACCAAAACCUGCAGACGGCUCUGGAGCUGACCAGACGGUGUCUCAUUGAUGACCAGGAGAUGCCAGUGAAGGUGGAGGCCGCCAUCGCCCUACAGGUUCUCAUCAGCAAUCAGGAAAAAGCCAAGGAGUACAUCGCCCCCUACAUCAGACCCGUCAUGCAGGCCUUGCUGCACAUCAUCCGGGAGACAGAGAACGAUGAUCUCACCAACGUGAUUCAGAAGAUGAUCUGCGAGUACAGCGAGGAGGUGACGCCCAUAGCGGUGGAGAUGACGCAGCACUUGGCGAUGACUUUCAAUCAGGUUAUACAGACGGGUCCGGACGAGGAGGGCAGCGACGACAAAGCCGUGACCGCCAUGGGGAUCCUCAACACCAUUGACACCCUGCUGAGUGUGGUGGAGGACCACAAGGAGAUCACUCAGCAGCUGGAAGGAAUCUGCCUCCAGGUCAUCGGCACCGUCCUCCAGCAGCACGUACUAGAGUUCUACGAGGAGAUCUUCUCGCUGGCGCACAGUCUCACCUGUCAGCAGGUGUCGGCUCAGAUGUGGCAGCUCCUACCGCUGGUGUUCGAGGUCUUUCAGCAGGACGGAUUUGAUUACUUCACAGAUAUGAUGCCUCUGCUGCACAACUACGUCACCGUGGACACAGACACCCUCCUGUCCGACACAAAGUAUCUGGAGAUGAUCUACAGUAUGUGCAAAAAGGUGCUCACUGGUGUCGCCGGGGAAGACGCCGAAUGUCACGCGGCAAAACUACUAGAAGUUGUCAUCUUACAGUGUAAGGGACGUGGGAUCGACCAGGUCAUCCCGUUAUUUGUUGAAGCCGCUCUGGAGAGGCUGACCCGGGAAGUGAAGACGAGCGAGCUGCGGACGAUGUGCCUCCAGGUGGCCAUAGCCGCCCUGUACUACAGCCCUCCCCUCCUCCUCAACACCCUAGAGAACCUGCGCUUCCCCAACACGGUGGAGCCGGUCACCAACCACUUCAUCAAGCAGUGGCUGAACGACGUGGACUGUUUCUUAGGGUUACACGAUCGUAAGAUCUGCGUCCUGGGACUUUGCGCUCUUAUAGAACUCGAUCAGAGGCCCCAGGUGUUGGCGGAGAUCUCCACGCAGAUCCUGCCGGCGUUCAUCCUCCUAUUCAACGGUCUGAAGAGAGCUUACGCCUGCCAUGCAGAGCAAGAGAACGACAGCGACGACGACGAGGAUGGCGAGGAGGAAGACGAGGCCGAACUCGGUAGCGAUGAAGACGACAUCGAUGAGGAUGGGCAGGAAUACCUGGAGAUGUUGGCCAAGCAGGCGGGAGAGGACGGGGACGACGACGACUGGGAGGAAGACGACGCUGAGGAGACGGCGCUCGAGGGUUACGCGACUCUGAUAGAUGAUGAAGAUAAUCCCGUAGACGAAUAUCAGAUAUUUAAAGCUAUAUUUCAGAAGCUGCAGGGACAGGACCCGGCCUGGUAUCAAACUCUCACACAAGGACUAAAUGAAGAACAAGGGAAACAGUUACAAGACAUUGCCACGCUGGCGGAUCAGAGGCGGGCGGCUCACGAAUCCAAAAUGAUUGAGAAGCACGGAGGCUACAAGUUCAACGCCCCAGUUGUGCCAAGUUCCUUUAAUUUUGGCGGCCCAGCCCCCGGAAUGAACUGAGCUCUCGUCUCCUUUCCUGCUAACGUGUGACUGAUUGUAGUGAGAAAAGCUUGUGUUCCUCCCGAUAGCGGAUCCAGAAGCGGCUCAUGUUCUGAACUCUGACCUAGGAUUCUGGAGAGUGAGAGAGACGCCACAUCCUGCGCCUCGGCCCGGGGACAGCAAACACGGGGGGUUCUUUAUAUACAGAUUUUUUUUUUUAUUUACUUUUUUUCCUUUUGUAUUUUUGUUUCUCAGCUUCUUUCUGAGACAUGAAGCCUCUCGGGGGGUAGAUGUCAUGGCGGCAGAUUUUUUUUUUUCUUUUUUUUCUUUUCCCUCUUUUUCCCCCACGAUCUGGUUGGACGUGCGGGGACUAUCCUGUCACAACUCACGAGGGCCAAUUUUACUUCACCGGUUUUAGUGUCUUUAGCCUGUCCCACAUUUGUUGCCUCCAUCCAUGUUCAUUCUUUUAUUGUACAAAACAAAAAAACUGAAAAAAAAAAAGUUUGGGAGGCAAAUGAAUUGUAGCCUUAGUUUAGGCGACUUUCCCGAUCGGAUAAACUGCGCCGGUCCUGAUGUAGAAUGUCGGACACUUGUAGCACUACACAAAAUAACGAUGAAUUAUGGGAAAUCUUUACAGCACUUUUAUACAUCACCUUCCCGCUUGGUGUAAAAAUAAUAAAUAAAAAUUACAAAAAAAUGAGAAUUUGGAAACAGAAUUUUCAGCGUCUGCGUUUGAAGGGACCUGGACGGUAUGGAGGAUAGUUUUGCGCAGUUCUGUUUUCUUGGCUCUGUGCCGGAGUCGCUCCCUGGAUGUGACUUGAAUUUGGUCAUGGGGGGGGGAUGGGGUUCAUUGCUGCUACCAUUUGGCGACGCCCUCUGUCCUUUUUUUGGGUUUUUUUUUCUUCACUUUUUCCUAAGACCUCUGCGGUGUAUGAUUCCAUUUGGAUACAGAGCAGCGCGGUCCUGCGGGGGCGCGGAGACGGCCUCCAUCUUCUGACGCAUGUUAUCAUUGGACAUGAAUCUCUACUCUCAAAGAGUUUGAAGUGUGUGGAUGAAACAUCUGUAUAUGCAAUCUAUUAAAAAAAGAUAUCAAGAUGAAUUUGGCUAAGUCCUGCCUCCGGCUCAUUCUCUGGUGCGGGGCCCGGUGCGCCUCCUAUUUACUUCCCCACAAUGUUUGGGCACCAGUUGCCCUGGUCACACGUCACCUUCUUGCUCCUCACACGUGUAACUUCUCUCACCUUGGCCCUUGGUCGCCUUUUGCGCUGCCGCCACUUUCCAUACUAAUAACUAAAGGAUUUCAGUCAUUUUUACAGAUUUCUGCCGUGUCCUAGUGAUCAGAAGUGGGAAUAAGGCUCAUGGGGGAGGGGAUUCCAAAA